AAUAGUGAAAUCAAAAGAAAGGUCAGGGUGGGAUCUGAUCGAUAUAAUAAAUAGACAAGACACUAGCUCAAUUUCAAAUAGUUCUCAAAGUUGAGUUGAGUGUUAAGACCAUUUAAAUUUAUAAUAAAUUUUUAACUAAAAAUGCCGUCUCCAGGUUGCGAUGGUUGCAAAGAAACUUGUGCUGAAAGCGCAAACUGUGGGGAUGAUUGUAAAUGUGGGGAGAAGUGUACUUGUGGAUCAUCGGAGGAAAAUGCUGAUUCAUGCGAUUCAUGUCCUUCUAAGAAAAAACAAGAGGAAUCUACUGAUUAGAAUGCAUCCUACUAAAUAAAAUACUACAUCCUAUGUUAUCAGUGCGGAAGAUGGCAGCAUAAUUAUGUUACUAAUAUUAUUAGUUUACUAAUUCUUUUAAUUUUUUGUUUUCUCAAGACUGGAAAAUGGGACCUUUAUUGAUUUUAUAUUGGUAGAUGUUGUGUGAUAUUUUUUAAGAAUAUGUUGUUUUUGUAAAGAUGAUGAUAUGUUUAUUAAGAUAUGACUGUUUUGUUGAAAAAAAUGAAUAAAUAUUUCUUUUAAAAAGCA